AUGACUCCAAUGUCUUCGUCCUCGCUGCGCAUGACGCCGCUCUCUCGUGUCCCCUACACCAUCCCGAAGCGCGUGCGCUCGAUUACGGCGAGUGGCCCGCACACUGCGCACAAGAACAUGCCCUUCUCUUACAGCAACCGAACGGCCUUCCGGUCCAAGUACAUCGCGUUCGUCUCCACGGGCUUCCUCCUGCCUUUUAUCGCUGGGUACUGGCAAUUGUGGAAAUCCAGCCGCGCGACAUGA